CAGGUCCUAAAAUGUGACAUAACCCGCCCAUUCAUGUUCAAACCAUAAAAUUAUUAUCUACCAGCAUUACCUGAGCAGACAGGUUGCUGACAAGGACAUUUCCACAGAGGAGGAUCAUAUUGCCUGGAAAAUGUGGAAUCUACAAACUGCUCUGGCAAUCCUUGGGACUUUGUGUUUGACCUCUAUAAGUGGAUACAAAAAUGGAAAAGUGGAGAAAUCUUGUGAGAGCAUGAUGCCGAUUCAUCACAGCCAACCCAACACUACUGCCAGUCCGUACACACUGACUGUGAAUGCCAGUAAAUUCAGCCCAGGGGACAAUAUCAGAGUCACUGUCUCUGGAAGUGGCCACUUUGAGGGCUUUCUAAUUGAGGCCCGAGAUGCUUCAAACCUUGAUGGACCAGCUGUUGGCUCAUUCACAUUGGUAGAUCAUGAGAUUUCUCAGCGUUUGACUUGCAACAGCAUAGAGGGUUCUGCAGUUAGUCACACCAGUAAUGCCAAAAAGACUGAAAUUCAGGUGAUAUGGAAAGCCCCGUCUAAAGCUCCUCCCACUGUACAGUUUCUUGCCACAGUUCUUGACCACUACAAGAUUUUCUGGCUGAAAGUCCCUAGUCCUGUCAUAUCUCAGGGUGACGUGACUCCUGCUCCACCUCGUUCAACCACCGAAAUGUCUACGAACUCUGCAAGCACCUCUAUAUUGCCUCAGCCGUUUACCUCAGAGGGUUGUGGCAAGUCGAAGUCUUGUCUCAUUGACCCUGUUGGCUGUAACCCUUCUGUGGACACAAACUGCUUCUUCCUGUCUUAUUCUACUUUGGGCCAGACAGUUUCGUUUGAGCUCAGCGGCCCUGCGCAGGGAUAUGUUUCCUUUGCUCUGUCCAAGGAUAAAUGGAUGGGAGAUGAUGAUACGUACUUGUGCAUAAAUGAUGAGGGCCGUGUAAGUGUGGAGCUUGCAUAUACAACAGGCCGGAAAUAUCCAGUGAUAUCAUCCAAGUCUGUGCUGACUGAUGUAGGCUGGAGAGUUUCUGAUGGGGUCAUUCAGUGCAAAUUCUCAAGGUCCAUCUACACCCCUCAGGACCCGGUCCGAUUCAGCCUUAACAACAGUUAUUACCUGUUUUUGGCAGAUGGGGCUGCGGAAUAUGGUAUGAUCCACAGACACAAGCGACAGCCACUGAUAUCAUCCCAUUAUCAGAUCAUUACCGGUCCUCCUAAGAUACUCACAGGUUCUCGAUCUCCACUGCUCAUGAAAUAUCACGGAGCUCUAAUGCUGAUUGCCUGGAUGCUAGCAGAAUGCACUGGAAAUGUAAUGGCUGCCUUUUUUAAACCUGACUGGCCAGAACAAACAUUGUUUGGGCAAAAAAUAUGGUUUCAGGUGCAUCGCAUAUUGAUGUCUCUUACAGUUUUGCUGACAGUUGUGGGCUUCGUUUUUCCCUUUGUUUACAGAGGAAAAUGGAGCACAAGAGCUGGUGCUCAUCCAUGCCUUGGCUGCACUGUUAUGAUUCUCGCGUUCUGUCAGCCUAUAAUGGCUGCAUUCAGACCAGCUCCAGAUUCUUCACGGCGACGGAUAUUCAAUUGGUUGCACUGGGGUUUUGGAAACGCUGCUGAAAUUAUUGCCGGGGUUUCCAUGUUUACUGGAAUAAGGCAGCAGUCGCUUUUGCUGCCUUACCCGUGGACCACAGAGGUUCUCGCUGCUUUUGUAGUUUGGACUAUUGUGUUAAGGCUGGUGUUAAAACUUCAUAAGCAUGGUGUUAUUGAAAAAGGGAGUGGAAAGGAUGAUGAACUUCCAGUUCUCUCAAACAAUUCAGUAGAUGCAAACUGGGAUACUAAGUUUAGAGUGGCUAUCCUUGCUGUUUUUGUGCUCGGAAACUCAGCAUUCUGUAUCUCGCUGCUCGCCACCAUAGGGAAUGUAUAACCAACAUAUGAGUCAUAUGGCAAUACAGAAAUCGGAAUGAAGACCUAAUUAGGAG